AAUGUUGCAUUUUUUCGAGUUUCAUCGUCCUCAAUUUGAUUAUAUUUUUGCCUUUUUCUUUAAUAUCUCCCAAUUUUUGUCCUUCUUUUGCAAUGAUUUUAACGCUUUAAAUUUCCAAGAAAAUAUCCUCUCAUUUCCAAACAUUUUCAAGAUGAAUAUCCAUCUAACCAUUUUUAUCAUUUUCGUCUUCUCAAGUGCCCUACUCAUUUGCGCGUUGGAACAUUGUGAUGACCAACACGGCGGAUAUUGCAUAGAAGAUGGAAGCCGAGGUUGUUGUGUGCAUGGCCCGCCUUUAUGUUGUAAAGAAGGACACGGGGAUUGCAUUCCGCGUCUGGGCUUUAAUUAUAACAACACUAAAUGUGAGAAAUUGGAAUGUCUGGAAGGAGAAGUUUGUAUGCCAUUGGGCGGUGAAGGAAAGGACAAAUGUGUGCCAAAGGAUGUUGAGGUUUGCAAUAAUUAUUUAAUCUUCGAGAAGACGGCAAAAUGUGGAGACAAUGGGUAUCCAAUUGGUUAUGGCCUAAAAUAUUGUAACAAAUUCUACCAAUAUUACGACUCUUUCAAUGAUUUUGGAAAAAGUUUUGUCAAAUGUGUUGGCCCCUGUCUGGCGGAAAAAAUGAGCGAAAAUAUUGAGGUUAGAAAAGAAAACAAAUGUACAGCUUCAAAAUUAGCAGACUUUGGCUCUAGCUUAAAAAGGGUUCAGGAUGGAUUUAUUAUAGAUUUUUAA